GUGACAUUCACAGAUAAAUACUGCUUUGUGUAUCGCUUGCCGAUCAGAAACUACAGAUAUCUUAUAGGAGUCCAAUUCUCCAUCGACAGCAGGUGACCCAGUCCUACGAUGUCCGACCAAGAAGCGAUUGAGGAGAUUGAAGAGGCAGCGCAAGAGGAGACGGAGGCUGAGCCCGAACCCCCCCAACCAUCCCCCCCCAAGCAGGCAGACCCCUCCCCCAAGGCUCAGCCUCCUGCUAAGCCGAAGUCAAAGAUUUCAGCAUCCCGCAAGCUUUCUCUUAAGAUCCUGCUGCUGACCCGAGCGAAAGAGGCUCUGGACAAGGAGAAGCUGGACCGGGAUGAGGAGAAGGUCCGGUACCUGGUGGAGCGAGUACCACCCCUGCAGCUUGCAGGACUCACUCUGGAGGAGCUGCAGAAGCUAUGCACCGAGCUGCACGCGAAGAUUGAAGUUGUGGACGAGGAGCGCUACGACAUUGAGUUUAAAGUCGGCAAGAACGCUCGCGAGAUCCAUGACCUGAAUCUGAAGAUAUUGGACAUCCGAGGCAAGUUCAAGAGGCCCAACUUGCGCCGAGUGCGUGUCUCGGCCGACGCCAUCCUGCGCUCACUGCUGGGCUCCAAGCACAAGGGAUCUGUGGACCUGAGAGCCAACCUCAAGUCUGUGAAGAAGGAGGACACAGAGAAGGUGCUCACCUCGGAGGUGCAGGACUGGCGUAAAAACGUGGAGGCUAUGUCUGGCAUGGAGGGCAGGAAGAAGAUGUUCGAUGCUGCGGGCACUGGCCAAUAAUCUGUGUGAGACUAUCUGAAUUGAUAAUCUUGAACUGCUCCAACUGCAUCUCCAAGCCUCAGUUUGCCUCCUUCUCUGUAACUAGAUUCCCCCCCCCCCCCCCCCUUGCUUGAACUGUGCAGAAUGCAGCACCGCUCCACAGACUGACAGAUGAAGCACAUUUCUUCUAUUGAAAAUUAUAUAUGUUAUAUGAUAUGUGAUAUAUGUUGUCAGUGAUAUAAGCAUGUAUACAUGAGCAGUGCAUUGUAGGGUUAUCCAGGUACUGCAGUACAGCGUCCGAAAUCCAAGCGUGUGUGUGUGUGUGUGUGUGUGUGUGUGUGUGUGUGUGUGUGUGUGUGUGUGUGUGUGUGUGUGUGUGUCAGCGCCAUGUUAUGAACUUGCAGACAUCACACGCUCAGCCGGUAAAGCAAUGCUUUCAACUCCACAAAUUAUUAUUAUUUUUAUUUUAGCUAUCUAUCUAUCUAUCUAUCUAUCUAUCUAUCUAUCUA